CUUUAAAAUGACUCAGCAAACUGAAACACAGUUGAGGGAGGAUAGACCUUAGGCAACCCAGAUACAUUUGUUUGAUGAAGCAGCUUUGAAAGAACAGCAACCAGUAAACCCAAAGCUCUUCCACACAGCAUCACCAGCACUAUGAAAGUGCAGAUAAAGGCAGUGACUGACGUAACUCCUGUCUGAAGAAACCUGAUCUUGCCUCUCACUCCCUCCACUCUGAGUUAGCACUUUCCCCGCGCUCCCAUCCAGUGCCUGCCGUCCCUGCUGUGCUCUGCAACUUGGCUCUGCCACCUCAUACCUUGGUUGUGCUACAGGGCGGCAUUCCAGAUGGCAAACGAGUUAAGGCCCUGCCCGUGUGAUAUUGGAGACAAGUUUGAUUAUGGCGGCUGUGGGCAAGAAGUACAAGUUGAGCAUAUCAAGGCGUAUGUCUCCAAACCCUCCGCCAGCACAGACAAAGCUGUGAUCGUGAUUCAUGACAUAUUUGGAUGGCAACUCCCAAACACAAGAUACAUAGCCGAUAUGCUAACAGCCAAUGGAUACGUAGCCAUCUGCCCAGAUUUUUUUGUGGGACAAGAAGCGUGGAAACCUUCAAAUGACUGGGCUUCCUUCAACGAUUGGCUGAAAACGCGAGAUGCCGGCAAAAUAGACAAAGAAGUUGAUGUUGUCCUUAAGUAUCUAAAGGAACAUUGUGGUGCAAAGAACGUUGGUGUAAUUGGGUUCUGCUGGGGUGGAGCAGCAGUACAACACCUGAUGCUGAAAAACCCUCAUUUAAAGACAGGAGUGUCUCUCUAUGGAGUGAUCAAGUUAUUUGAUGACAGAUGCAGUUUGCUUCACCCAACCUUCUUCAUUUUUGCUGAAAAAGAUGACAUCGUCCCUCUGGAGCAAGUUACUGUGCUGGAGCAGAAGCUUAAACAAAGCGCUAAAGUUGACUAUGAAGUUAAAAUUUACCCUGGACAGACUCAUGGUUUUGUGCACCGCAAAAGGGAAGACAUCAAUCCUCAGGAUAAACCUUUUAUUGAGGAAGGAAGAGAGGAUAUGAUCAACUGGCUGAAUAAAUACAUGUAGCAGAAAGCAAGUGCCCAUAAAACAAACCAGUGGCUUAUGAAAUCUGAAAAUAAUAAAGAUUAUAUUGAUUAAA